AUGAUUGCAGCUUCCAGCAAAGAUGAUGUCGGAAAAAUGAUCACAGAACUGCAGUCGCUUUUAGGCUCUGGAGACACUGGAGAGCUCAACGUCGAUGAAGAUCUCGCUCGUAGGAUCGUUCACCAACUUGUCCAAAUCGCUGUCAAUAUCGCUGGUACAGGGUCAAGGAUUGAAGAUAUCAUAGACAAUCACCCUCUACAAUCUUUACUCAACGAUGGUGAAAAGCUACUUAUCUGUAAAAGUGUUCACAUCCUGCGAGAGCAUCCUGAGGUCAUAUCAAGCCUGGUUGGCCAUCAAGUCCGGUCUCAUACUUGCGGAAACUACCUAGAUUCUAGCAUACGAUUCGAUAGAACUAUUUCUCAACGUGCCGUUUAUGAAACUGAGGGUGAGCGAUCAGUUGCAUUCAUCUGGCGGCUCCAAUUAUCCGAUUCAGAAGAUAUUGUUUUACGUCUACCGUUCGGAGCCCUCACACAUCUUGCCAAGCAGUGUGAUCUAAUAUCUGCUGAAAUCAAUCGAAUCAGGCAAGCGCAAAUGCGGCAAACUCAUCCUCGCAGUUGA